GAUUAAUUAAAUCUUUUUUGUCUCCCUUCCCUUGAUCGUUCCUCUCUGUUGUUCACUGCCGUCAAGCUUGCCUCUCCAGUUCGUACUUGCAUGAAAUGGUGUAUUAUAAGUGAGCAAAUCUCUUGCAGGAAUGAAGGCGAAGAUUGUUUUGAGGAAGAUUUAUGAUUACGUUCGGUAUGAUUUGAAGGAAAUUGCAUUUCCCUCGUCUUUGCCGGAUCCUCCACAUAUAAAGAAGCGUGGAAAGCUUUCAUGGAAUGAACGAUUCCUGGUGUUGAAGGAGGCUUCCAGGUUAUAUGCUGCAAGCUGGGUGCGGGACAUUGGUCCUGAACUGCGACCAUAUGACUAUAAGGUGAAAGAAAGCGAAAACAAACCAAAUUCACCAAAACGUGCGCCUAAAGAGAAAGAACCUUCAACACUUGAAGACCUAGCUGUGGCUGCAAGAGGAGGAAUGGAGACAUUAAAACCAGCUUUGCAGCGGGUGUAUAUGACUAGAGCUUCUGCAUAUAGAGACGCUCUAAAAAAUUUUAUAGAUGGGUAUCAAGAAGGUAUUCAGCAAGUCAUGGAGAAAAAGAACGCUUCUGAUUCCCAAAAGGGAAGUGAUAAAAUCUAAUAAGAGCUGCAGAACUGUGACUAAAAUAAUUUAGAGGACUGGGUGGCUCAGUUUCCGUUUGUAAAAAUUGGUUGAGUUGAGAUUUUUAGUGUAUUUUUCGCCAGUGCAUUUUGAACUAUAUACAGUUUUGAGCAUCUUCUAAAUAUACACAAACAGUCAUGAGAAAGGAUGCCAAAUUAAACCCUUUUGCUUUCUGCAGAACCAGUUGCAGGGUUCCUAUGUUUGUUUUCCUCUAUUAGUCUCAGUUAUCUUAGUGACUGUUAAGUAUUUUCUUACAAGUAGGCAUGGAAAUAGUAGUAUGAAUGACGAAGCUGCUUUUGUCUGCUAAAUGAAUAAUUCAGUAGUUCUUUUCUUU